AUGCCCUCUGCGGACUGGGACCUGGCUCUCACCGAGCUCAUCUUCUACAGCCCCACCGUUGUCCCCCUCGCCUACUGCCUCUGGCGGCACCGCAGCGUCGGAAUCACAGGCUGGAUCUACCUCCUCAUCUUCGUCUCGCUUCAGUUGAUCUCAACGGGCAUGAUCGUCCACGCAGGUCCAAACGGCACCCCACCCACGACAGCCUUGAUCGUGUCGAGCGUAGCGCUCUCCCCGCUCUUACUCGGCAUCGCGGGCAUUGUGCAUGAAUGGACAAAGAUCGCCGGCCGGGUCAAGAACGAGAGAGAGCGCAAGUGGGCCCUCAUCAUCCUCCUGCUGUACCACGUGCUCGUCGGUGGCGCGAUCGCCAUCUACGCCGUUGGUGCUUCGAAUACUUUGACACAGUCCAACUUCUCCAACUCCAGCGGCGUGGCGCUAUGGCGAGCUGGCAUCCUCAUCCUCCUAGCAUCAUGGGUGUUGCUCUGCGUGGUCUUUGCUGCACUCGCAUGGUACGUGAGAGGAGACUCGUGUCGCGCCUUCACCUGGCCCAUUGCCUUCUCCCUGACCUUGCUCGGAAGCCGAAUGGUCUACCAGUGCGUCGCGACAUUCGACUACAUGAUUCCUGCUCUCAAUCCGUUGCGAGGCAGCCUGGCACUCCGUGUCAUUUUCGACUUCUUGGUGGGAGCUUUGAUUGUUGCGGCCAUGGUGACGGGCGGUAUCCUCUCGCUGGAACGAAUUGGAAGGAAAGGGGGCCAUGGUGUAGAACUUGGGGCUAGUCAAAGGGCAAGUGAUGUCUGA